GCUCGCGCUAGCCAUUGCGAAUCGCGUUCGCCAAUGCGAUAGUGUUCUCCUCUAUCGUUCGACGAUAUCUCGGCCGGCCGAGGGAAAAGAGGAACGAGCCGUUCUCCUUUUACUUUCGAUAGAAUUUGCCCGAGACCUUGAACGAGCCAGCGAUUUCGUCAUAAUUAUACCUCGGGCUGGCUUAUUUUUCGUCGUCGCUCCGACCGAUAAUAUUUCGCCGUGAUCGCGCAUAGAAAACGUUCGAGUUUCUCUCGUUUCGGUAAAGAGAGAGAGAGAGGGAGAGAAAGUACCGAUAGGAGAAGAAAAUAGGCGAUUCGACCUAGAGAAGAAGAGCCGAUGUUUGGACCAAGUCGGAAAAAAUAUCGGGUGCGAACGAGGGACAGUUUCGUUGCAAGUUCAAGGCUGAAGCCCUGAGAAGUUUUGCGAUCGGCAAACUGGAGUCAUUGAAUGCGGACAAACUGGGUGUCGAGAGUGCGUGCUCGCCUGGAUGAAAUUGCACCGAAUGACUGGAUGAUUGGAAGAAACGUAGACGGGUGAGCGUCACGAUAGACAGGUAGCUCGAAAGAGAGGAAAGAGGUUUUUAAAGCGCGGAGAAAUUGGACGUUUCUGUAUCGGAUUCGCUUACUGCAGGCUUUAACUGUCACCUGAUCUAUCGCGGCCGGACGAAAUUCGACAGAAGCCACAAAAGAUGGCCUUUGUGUGGUAUAUAGGGAUUAUCACAAUUCUAGUUGCAGAUAAAGCAUGGGCAGAUUUUAAGGUAUCAAAUCAAGAUUUAAUAGUUCACGUAGAUAGUCAAGAAUCAUUUGAGUUGUACCUGACGAAAAGCUUAUCUGAAGAUGUAUCAGUGACGAUAGAAGUGCAACAUCCAGAUUUAGUUUCUGUUAACACAUCCAGUAUCUAUAUUACUAAAAACGAUACAAAGAAGAAAUGGGAUAUUCUUAUAAAUGGUCGCAGUGCAGGACACUCGAUUAUUAGUCUUAAUGUCACGCCUAACAAUGUUACAGAUUACUCCCAAGCAUUUGUUAGAGUGACUAUUGAAAAAUCAGAUACACUUUACCACAUAAGUACCGUAGUAGGAUGGAUAUACUUUCUAGCAUGGAGUGUAAGCUUCUAUCCACAGAUAUACAGUAAUUACAAACGCAAAAGUGUCGUAGGAUUAAAUUUCGAUUAUUUGUCAUUGAAUUUGGUCGGCUUUAUUCUGUAUGCACUGUUCAACUGUGGCUUGUAUUGGAUACCAGAAGUUGAGCUGGAGUAUUUUAGAAGAUAUCCAAAAGGUUUAAACCCUGUACAAGUGAAUGAUAUUUUCUUCGCUUUGCACGCAACAUUUGCGACUGUGAUAACUAUUAUUCAGUGCUUUAUAUAUGAGGCAGGAAAUCAAAGAGUAUCUACCACAGCACGUAUUAUUCACGGAAUAUUUGUAGUCUUUAUUUUAAUUUCUAUGAUAUUAGCUAUAGUGACAACGAUAAACUGGCUUGACUUUCUGUAUUAUUGUAGUUAUGUUAAAUUGAGUAUAACAUUAAUUAAAUACGUUCCACAAGCAUUUUAUAACUACAAAAGAAAAUCCACCGUUGGUUGGAGUAUUGGCAAUAUAUUUUUAGACUUUACGGGUGGUAUGUUGUCAAUGCUACAGAUGAUACUUAAUGCAUACAAUUAUGAUGAUUGGGAAAGUAUUUUCGGAGAUCCCACGAAAUUUGGUUUGGGAUUUUUCUCAGUUGCAUUUGAUAUAUUUUUCAUUAUACAACACUAUGUACUAUACAGGGAUCAUAAAGAAUAUGUUAGAAUACCUGGUAACAAUUACGAAAAUUCGGAAGAAAAUCCACUAAUCUGUGAUUCAAAUAGCAAAAGCGACGCUGACAUUGCUACCGAUCCCAUGACGACAUGAUCCUAUCUAUUUGCAUACGUUAUUUAAAAUUUUAUUCUUACCAAGCAAUGUGCAGUAUAUCCAUCGAUGAAAAUUACGAAGCCAUGCAAUUAUACAACAAAAUGUAUACACGUGUGUAAUAUCACUCGCGAAAUCAAAUAAUUCACUUGUUUUUAUAACGAAAUAUAUCCUACCGAAAUAAGUCACGUUGAAACCGCCAAGGCUUUACAAUUUAAAAACUAUCGAUAUUUCAAUUCGAUUCGAUAAGUCGUAGCCAUCUACUGGUCGGAUUGUGCACUAAUCGUGUAACAGUACGUGUUGUACACAUAUUUUCGGAGUAGUAGCGUUUAUUCAGAAAAGAGAAUGAAUAUAUCCUCCCUUUUACGACCAGCACAAUCUGCAUUAUCCUUACAUAGGAAAUUGAAUUGUUGGACAGCAGCGAUAACAAAGAAGCAUAGAAAAUUUUAUUUAAAUACUUUUCCUGUGCAUCUUGUUUUACCAGAUGGCAGUAGUAUUAAUAUCGAAUACGACGAACCAAGGAGGAUAAUUAAUCUUCCUCUCAACAUUGAGACUCUCACCGAAGAAGAGAAACGAAUUAGAUUGGAGAGUCGUAGGACCAUAACUAAAGCAAAAAUAGUAGAAGAAUACCAAGAUGAUUUUGACGAAACUCAAUUCUAUUAAAUAAUUUACCCAACUGUAUCAUUUUUUUAAAUAUUGCACAUGGAAUUCACGUUACAGUUUUAUAUUAUAAUCGUUUAGCUUUUUGCAAGUUUAUUUUUGAUUAUAAAUAGAUCUAGUACAGUAAAUCUCAAAGCAUAUAAAUGAUCUGUACUAUAAAAACACAUCAUGUACAUAUUAAAUAUAAUUUAAUAAAAUAAUAACU